AUGGGAAAUUAAAAAAAAUUCUUAUAAAAACUGUUUAAUAUUCUUGAGGUAUUUAUAUUGAUGGUUUUAGUCAAAAGAACAUGAAGAUUGUAUAUAAUGGAAUGAAGAUGGGAAAUCCAUUUUAAUUAUUUCUGCUGAAAAGUUUGAAGAAUAGGUUAUGCCUUCUUAUUUCAAUUCAACAAAAGUUUCAACUUUUUAUAGACAAUUAAGCCAAUAUGGAUUUAAAGUGAAAUAAAAUGAGAAAAGAUAAAAAUAAUUUCAUCAUUGUAAUUUUUAAUAAGGCAAUUUGUAAAUUUAAAUAAAUCUAUUCUUCUAGAGAGAAAUUAUUAAAAAUAGAGAGAUUAAAAAAAACAUAAUAACAUUAAGAUUUUAAUAAUAGUCUAAGUGAGGAGAAUAAAAAGUUAAAUAAUUAAUUAAAGCUUUUACAAAAGUAAUAAUAAGCAAUUUAAGCUUAAUUGAAUAUUCAUACAUAAAUUUAUUUACUAAUAUGUAAAUAGAUGAAAAACAUCUAUGAUGUAAAUAUUGAAAUGGUUAUUUAAGUUUAUGAAAUAAGAUGAAGAUUGUGAAGAAUGCAUGAUAUUUUUUGAAGGCAUUAUAUCUGUAUUUAAAGGAUUUAACCAUGAUAUAGCUUCAAAUAUAUUUGAAGAAUUAAAAUAUAUAGGAGGUCCAAUAAGUCCUUAAUUAUCCCCUUUACUCUUUCCUUAUAUUAAAUUUAAUUGA